UGAAUUGCAAAUAAUCACCUGAUUUGUUCGGAAAAUAACUUGACAUUGUUUCUCUUUUUAUUGGUUGUUCUUGCUCGCAGUUCCUUUAAACAUUUCCCUCACAUUCACAGGGCUGUGAUUAUUUUAUUUUGCACCCACAUCUUUUAUUUUUUUCUUCUUCCUCCUCCUCCUCCUCCUCCUCCUCUCUGUUUUCUCGUCAUUCCUUCUCAUCUCUCUUAUCGUCUCGCUCUCGCCAGAGUGGCAGUAAUGAAUGAAUAGCUGGGAGCUUCAGAUGAUCUGAUGAGAUGCUGAGUAGAGACAGUCAAAGGGAGGGGUGUACAGGGCAGGCCAGCGCUACAGCAGACAAAGUAUAUAGGUACAAGCCCGAGGUUCAAAUGAGACCAAAGCAGAUGAUGAACUCAUCUUUAUUAAUUAAUUAAUUAAUUAAUUAAUUAAUUAAAAAAGAAAACACUUCCUGGCGACCAAUGACAGGUCUGCAACUUUGUUGCCAUGGGACACACAAAUAAGGGUGUAGAAAAAUGUCACAGCAGCUCUAAUCUUGGAAUUAGUAGUGGUACUAUGUUAGAGCAAAACAUGUUCCAGAUAAUAAACUGAAGAAAACUCUUCUGCGUGAGUGGAUGAAGCUUUCAGAAGGAGAUUUAAAUAAAUGGAUCUGCAGUGGUGGGUCUACACAGUGUUACUUUGAAACAUCAGAAGCUUUAUAGUUGUAUUGAAACCUCAGAGGUUUUAGAGUUGAAUUGAAACUUCAGAAGCCUUAUCGUUGAAUUGAAACCUCAGAAGAUUCAGCGCUGGCCGGGUUUGUGUUUGCAAAUUACGUACUUACUGAACCCUGCAUCACUCAACAUGAUUGUUCGAAACAAAUAGGAAAUGGAAGAUGGUGAAACGCCCCGUUUACCCAGAUUUGAGUCUGUCAUCUGACUUUAGAUUAUUAAUCUUGAAUCUUGAUUUGUAACACAACAGCAGCUAACGUCAUACAAAUGGGACCACAGGAAAUGUAGAAAGAAGGUUAACUUGAUCCUUGCUAAACCUUAGCGUUGGGUUGUGCAGAGGAGCACCUGAACACUGAAAAGUAAUGUAUACAAACACAGCGCAUGCUGGAUAGUAUUACCUCCCUACAAUGUUAUUGUGAAGCCUUCCUCGCUAGGGAGCAAUUCCAACCAAUCACAAGGUCCCUGAGCUAGGAGAGCGUUAAAAACAACCUGUAAGAUGACCCGGGUUAUAUAGGCUGCGUGCAUCACCUGCUCAACCGUGUAACGUAGCUGAUUUGAUUGCGUUGUCUCCAGAAAUGCAUGGUGCGUGUGUGUGUGUGUGUGUGUGUGUGUGUGUGUGUGUGUGUGUGUGUGUGUGUGUGUGUGUGUGUGUGUGUGUGUGUGUGUUUGUGCAUGUAUGCUCAGUGGCUAACAAAUGAAACAAUGUCUUCCCAUGUAUGAGAUUCAGGAUCAACUUCUGCCACCCUGCAGUAAAUUUGAUAAAAUUAGAGUGUUGGAGCAACAACAUCACACCCUCAGUGGAAGGGCAAGAGCAAGCACCCGCCUGCCGGAGAGAAGGGGACUUCUGUCAAUUUGCAGGGCACCCUCCGCCACCCCAAACUCAACUCCAUGAGUAAAUCCGACACCCGGCUGCACGAGAUCAAUCGUUAUGGCAACGGAGUCCCAAAGAACCGUCCGGCCAGCAUGGACCUGCUGCUGCUCCACACCCAGCGCUCCCCCAGCGACCUGCGGCCCUCCCCCAGCCGCCAGCUGCCCCAGAUCCCCACCAGCCGCAGCCCCAGCCCCAGGGGAGGGGCCCUGAGGGACGAGGGGGACGUCGAGGGGGGAGGAGGAGGGGGAGGAGGAAGAGGAGGAGGAGGAGGAGGAGGAGGGGAGAUGAGAGAUCACACCUACACGGAGGUGGGCAUACGGAGCAACCCCGCCCCGAGCCGUUGCCUGGACGACGGCCUAUACGAGACCGUGGCCGUCCGGGAGGGAGACGCCGACCCCAAGAUGCCCCCGGCGCCGCCCCCCACGUCUGCCAACACCCCGGCCGCCGUCAGGGCGGCCCAGAGCCCCCCCAACCACGCCAACGGAGGGCGGGACGGGAAUGGCAACGGGGGCAGAGGAAACGCGCUUAAUGGAGCCAUGAGAGGAAGGGUUAAUGGGGUUAACGGGGUCAACAGGUCCCCGCUGUCUUCCCUCAACUCUCUGGCCAAUCAGGAGCCGACAGCGGCCGAGUACGCUACGAUACGCAAGUUCCGAAAGGGGGACAAGGUGACCAGGAAGGAAAACAACGCUGCAGACAGUCAGUCGGACAGCCAAUCAAGUGUGAGUGAUUCCCCCUCUGCCCAUCCUCCUCCUCCUCCACUUCAUCGUAGUCAGGAGUUGCCAAGGAAACCGCUGGAGCCGUUUCAUCUGCACUCCUUUCCCAAGGAGGCCGUCUUCAUUGGAAACGGGGAGCAGUACAUCUGGAAGCCCCCCGAGGACGAUGACAUCAUCACCCUGCACGCGCCCCCACACCUGCCAGAGACCAGGAAGGGACAGCCACCUGUCCCCACCGCAAAGGAGAUAGCAGACACCUACUCCACGGUGUGCAAACCGACGAAGAAGAAGGCCCCGGGGGACUACAACGGCGCCAAGACCCUCCCCCGCUCGUUCCGCGGGGACAGCGGGAGGGGGGGCAACGGGUGCAGCCGGGGCCGGGGCGUCCAGGCCCAGGCCCGCUCCCACGAGGACCCCUGCUACCAGCCCUCGGGGAUGGGCGGGGACAGGUCCUGGUCGGCCUGCGUGGCCGUGGCCACGCCCGUCGCCCCCCCUUCGGCCGCCGCCGCGGACCCCCAGACCGACUCCGCCUACGGUAACAUCGAGCCCCAGCGCAAGCGCGAGCCUCCGGCCGCCAGCGCCAGCGCCAGCCCCACGGGGGGCAGCGCCACCCUGAAGAGGAAGAAGCCCAUCCCUGCGCCCGUACCGCCGCCGCCGCAGCUGCCAGUUCCGCCUCCAGUGCCAAAGAAGCCGGCGAGCUCGGCGUCCCCCGCCCCGCCGCCCAGGGCGGCUCCGGGGGCGCCUCCGGGGGCACUGCCGGGUGGCGAGAACUUCUACGAGAGCAUCAGCGAGGUGAAGCCGGGCGGCAGCGGCGGCAGCGGCAGCAGCUCCGGGACCACUACCAUCUUCACCUUCAACGACGGGAUGGAGAUGUACGUGACGGGACUGUAGCGGGGCUGGUAGCGGGGGGGCCGGAGGGAGGGGAGGGAGGGCGAGGGGACACGUGUUCCUAUAAAACUGUCGGGGCUCACUUUUUAUUAACGGGCCUCGAUUACAUUUACAGGCCGUGCGUUGACCUUGAUCGAGUGGUCAGACAGGCCAAAAAAAAAAAGAACAAAAAACACGAUGGUACUUUUUUUUUGGGGGUUGUUGAUGACUUCAGUCUCAAAACAGGGUCCUAUUUCAGGUUCGGACUUUGCUUGUUUGCUUUGCACCACAGAACCAGCCUAAGCCAAGUUUCCACAGAAAUGGACCAAAAUAUGAUCUGACCCAGGAGAAACCUGGCCUGUUACAACUUCCUCGUACCGCACAUCGUACCAGACACCGCCCGUAUCUGUUUGUGUAUCGUUUUUUAUUAUAUAUUUAUUUUUUUGUAUGACUAUGUUACGCCCCAAAAAGAGCACACGUUGUGUACAGAAACAUACACUCCGAAAAUGUAACACAAAGAAAAGAAACGUGCAUGAUAAUACAAGACCUGACCCAACAAUAGAUGCCGGUCACAUCAGGGACUGCAGACUCUGAGCAGGAGCAGUACAAUCACACACACACACACACACACACACACACACACACACACACACACACACACACACACACACACACACACACACACACACACACACACACACACACACACACACACACACUCCACAGACAUUACAAUGUACAGGAGCUUAUGUCAUUUAAACGGAUGGACGGCACAGAUAUUUGCUGUGCUUAGCUUUCCCUAAGCAAACUUCCCCAACAGGUUUUCCGUCAUCCCUGGCGAUGCACUGGCCCGUUGCCGGGCAGACUGGGUCUCUCUGCUCCGUCCUGCCCAAGGACGUAGGCACUGGGUCUUGUUUGAAUAGCGAAUGACAAGCUCCUGUACCCACUGCACGCUGACCAUGUCACUGAUACCAAUUCGGUAAAGAUCAAGCCUUUUCUGAUAACCUGACUAUGCCCUAGGUCAUUAGAAAUGGUAAAAUAAACCAUGGGCAUACUAAAUUGUACUGAUUCACAAGUUGACCACACACAUCUAGUGCCCACAUUCGUGUGGCAGAGAUGGGCAAAACAACGUGAGGUUUGACGUCAGAGGGGAUUCCUGGAGAUGUGUCUUCAAGGGACACUGGUUGGACUACUGAUUGCACUUACUAAACUUACUGAGUGUUUGCUGAAUGGCAGGACGAAAUUAGCAUAAAAAAACUAACACAGUUAUAAUAAUAACUAUAUAAGCAUAAUUGACUUGCAGUCCAUGAUUUAAUCUCUAACUGCAAACACUUGAUUUUAUAACCAAAGCGAGACUGAAUGCGUAGGGCCCUUGACAGAUGCAGGUAUGAGUGGCUGAUGGCUGCAGGACGCAAUACUGUUUUGUAGGGCAUAUUGCAGAGCACAACUGGUAGAUAGGUAGCCAUAGCUAGAAGAAGAGGCGUGGUCUGAGUAGCGACAGAUGAAAAAUGAUUAAAUCAAUGGCGCAGGCCUAAAGAAAAUCACCAGCGAACCCCAUUUGGAAAGCACAGCCCUUGCCUUCUGACCCUGAUACUUUCCCGCCUCUGCUCUGAGUUCUGGUCCAGUGUAAACACUUUCUUUCCUUUGUUGCCAUGGCGCUUCGAAAAACAGUUUGAAAAAAAAAAUAAAGAAUGGAGGGAAAUGGAAAAAAAACAGUUUUAGAGGCGGGGAGUGCUGGGAGUUGAAGUGGGCCAUGGAUGACUUGCAGGCUGAGAGAUAAAAGUAAAUGAAAUAUAUAAAUAUAUAUAUAUACAUACAUACACAUAUAUAUAUAUAUAUAUAUAUACACAUAUAUAUUCCUCAACAGUGAAGUAGAAAAGACCCAUAGCAAGAUAUAAACAGAUUGAGAAAGAAAAAAAGAUUCCUGAAGUCUAUAAAUGGUACUAUGUGAAGUAAAAUUAAAAAAAGUAUAUGUAAAAUAAAUACAUAUCUAAAUGCACUCUGUAUUUUCCUAAUGCACUGUUUAUUUUUCCGUACCUAUCGUUGCCGUUGUUUGGAUAGCUCAUGCCACUGCCAUGAUACUGUUAAUUUUUUGUCGUCAGUGCAAUUAUUUCUGCUUGAAGAAAAUACAUUGCAUGCUUUAACACGUGGACAUGAAAAUAUCAAGACUAUUGUGAUACCUACUUGAUCUUUUGUUGUUUUUAUCUCUUCUACUGUGUUGUUUUGUCACCAUCAUUCAAUUCUCCAGUGUAAUUAAAAUAGAUAAUGGAAAAAAGAGGAAGAUAUUGGAAUAUAUGAAUAGAGAGAGAACGAGAGAUAGAGAGAGUGGGGAUGGUCAGAGUUGUUUCUUGCCUGGGUGUACAAGGGGGUAAGAGGAGGGAGAGAGAGAGGAAGGGAGAACCAGAGGAUGACCACAGCCUGCAUAGAGGCUGUGGUCUCUAUGCAGGCUGUGUGCAACUCCCCAUUUACAUCCGUGUGCAUGCAUUCUCAUGUGCCUACACACACACACACACACACACACACACACACACACACACACACACACACACACACACACACACACACACACACACUGCAACCACCAGCCACGCUGGUUGGCUGUUCUAGAAAAUAAAAGGAAUAAGGCAUCAACAUUAUACUGGUGCUUGGUCAUCUCCCCCCCCCCCUCCCUUCCAGGUCGGUCCAUCCUCUAAUAAUAAUAAUAAUAGCCCUCUAUCUUCUCUCUUCCCCUCUCUAUGGUCCUUCUGCUCCGCACCUCUGCACAGUGGUAGGGAUGGCCCCCUGUAUAAUGUCUGUCUCUGGGGGACUCUGGGGCAGUUAUACUGGGGGUUCUUGAGGGACAAGCGGGCCGCUGGUCAGUUCAACGGCAGGCUAAUAUCACCAAUGCAUCAAUUACCCGACUAAGGAGAAAAAUAGAAAUGCUAACCGCUGAAGAUGUUUCAGAAGCACUUGGUUCAGCCGUCCCUUAGACUGCCAUCACUGGGUUCCUAUCUGUCACAGUCGUCGUUAUACAUUGGUCCGAGGCAGAUAUGAAUUGCAAACAUGAAAAUAAUAGUAGCCUAUAUGACACGUGUAAAAUAUUGCUUUUCUGAUGUUGAAAAUGUUCUGAUGUAACACACAGUUUACAGUAUAUUUGGUAUAAAAAAACGUGGCUGUAACACAUUGUAUUUUGUGGAUACAUCAUAUUUCAGGCUUUCCAUGCGGAUGCAGAUAUUGUUGUAUUCAGACAUUACUAGAAAGAUACUGCUGUGACAGCUCUAAUGUUGUAUGUUCCUAAAGCACAGGGUUUAUUUAAAAAUAAUUAUAAUUAUAAUAAUACAAAAUAUUGUGUGACAGUGCAUAUAUGCAAAAGAUUGUAAUGUUUUAUAUUAACCUUCAUAAAAUAUCAAAGUGAGUUUUUACUUUUUUAAUAAAGUGGCACAUUUAAAAAUGA